AUGGACAUCAUCUUCGGCAUUGCCAGAGGGCUUCUCUACCUUCACCAGGACUCGAGGCACACGAUGAUCCACCGAGAUCUCAAGGCGGCCAACGUUCUCCUCGACCGGGAGAUGGUGGCCAAGAUAUCGGAUUUUGGAAUCGCCAAGCUGUUCAGCAGCAUCAGCGACCAUCAGGUCACGGAAAGGAUUGUUGGGACAUAUGGUUACAUGUCACCUGAGUAUGCGAUGGACGGCAUGGUAUCGUUCAUGCAGGACGUGUAUAGCUUCGGUGUGCUGUUGCUGGAGAUCAUUAGUAGCAGGAGGAACCAACGAAGUUUCAACCUCAUUGCUCAUGCAUGGGGGCUAUUUGAAGAAAACAAGAGCCUCGAGCUCCUUGACCCAGCCGUGCGGGGCGGUUGUAGCCCGACCGAGCUAGAGCAGGCCGCGACGUGCAUCCAGGAGGACACAUCCGGCAACGCCGAGCUGACCAUCACAAACCCUGAAGGUCGGUAG